GGGGAUCCGACAAAGAUGCCAACGCUUGUCCGCCUCCGCCAUCAAAAUCGCAGCUGCAAAAAUCGCGUCCACCUCCCAUCCCAUCGCACUCCCCGUUAUUAUUUCCCGGGAAAAAAAUCCACGCGAAAAUUCCCCACACCCGCCACCCCGCGCACGGCCUCUCUCCUUUCUCGAGAGAGCGAAGUAAACGGGACAGCGGCUGCAGCCACCCAGUGUACGAGCGCUCCGACUUGUGUGCUCUCAUGCCGUGCUGCUACAGAGCUGCCUCAUAAAAGCUCCCUGAGCCUGCUCCUGUUUGCAGCUUGCAAGGCGCCAAGGACGGACGGAGGCGACGACUCGCAAGGUAGCUCUGCUCGGGCGAGGCAGCAGCAGCACGCAGCAGUACUCCGUUCAGAAUCAGGAGAGAAGACGUUGUUCUCCGGGCACUCGAGUCGAAGUCCUGACGAGAUGGACGGCAAUGCGAGGUCGGCGGCAACGAAUCAGAAGAAGCCCGUCGUCGCGGACGACGACCUCGUGGAGCUGCUGUGGCACAACGGGAGCGUCGUCGCGCAGCCCCAGGCGCACCAGAGGCCGGCGCCCACCUACGACCCCGACCGCCCGGGCACCAGCGGCCUCACCGGCGAAGAGACCGCCGCGUGGUUCCCGGACACCCUCGACGACGCGCUGGAGAAGGACCUGUACACGCAGCUCUGGUACAGCACCAUCGCCGACGCCGCCCCGCAGCACGAGGGCACGCUCCCGGGCCCUACCUCGCAGCCUUCGCCUUCGCCGCCCGUUGGGAGCAGCGGCGUCGAGUCGAGCUGGGCUGGCGACAUCUGCUCGACCUUCUGCGGAAGCAACCAGGUGCUCAGGACGCCGGCAAGGAUCAGGGGGAAGGACGCGGCAUUGCAGUCGGAGUUGCCGAGCAAUACCGGCGCGCACGACGGCACAUCGUCAUCCGGCGGGUCUGGAAGCAACUAUGGGGGAUUCGGGCUGCCCAGUGACAGCGUCCAUGUACAGAAGAGGAAGGGGAGGUGUAGAGACGACUCAGAUAGUCCGAGUGAGGAUGCCGAGUGUGAGGAGGCAAGUGAGGAAACGAAACCAUCAAGGCGAUAUGGGACGAAACGCCGGACUCGUGCAGCUGAAGUUCACAAUCUUUCAGAGAGGAGAAGAAGGGACCGGAUCAAUGAAAAGAUGCGCGCAUUGCAAGAGCUCAUCCCGCAUUGCAACAAGACUGACAAAGCGUCGAUAUUAGACGAGACGAUUGAGUAUCUGAAGUCCCUCCAAAUGCAAGUUCAGAUCAUGUGGAUGACUUCUGGGAUGGCGCCAAUGAUGUUUCCUGGUGUUCACCAAUUCAUUCCACAGAUGGCUCUAGGAAUGAAUCCAGGUUGCAUCCCUGCAGCACAGGGCCUAAGUCAGAUGCCAAGAUUACCAUACAUGAACCACACCCUGCCAAACCAUAUCCAUCUGAACUCGUCUCCAGCUAUGAAUCUAAUGAAUCCACUGAACGCCGCGAACCAGGUGCAAAUCGGUCACCUCAGGGAUGCAAGUAGCCACUUGCUUCACCUAGAUGGCGGGCGAGCAGCAGUGGUACCUCAGGUACCAGGACCAGGACCCCAUGUUCAUGGACAUCAAAUAGCACAAGCCGAAGAACACAAUAAGAUACUGGAAGUGGCAGCUAGUACUGUUAUACCAACUUCUAAGGCAGGGCAACCACCAACUUUACAUAGAGUUUAGAGUGACCAAAAUCAUGCCUUGAGCUGUAUAUCUGUACAGAAGUGUCAGAAGCAUAUUCUUUGACAUGUAAGCUUAGUUCUAGAGUUAUUAUCAGGAGUCUUGUAUAGGUUACAAGAUAACAGCCUGUCUACCGCCGUAUUCUAUCUACGGAAGAACUCAGCUGCAUACUGCUGUGCAGACUGCAGUACAGCGUUCAAGAGAGAAUUGAAUGGGAAAGGAGUAGAUAAUGCCAAGGCCAGUCGGUUUAACCAUCCUUUUCUUGACACUUACAGGAUCAAGAAAGGGUCUUUCUUUUUCUGGGAACCGCUGAAAAUACUGACGUGAUGAGGAGCGGAUGGCAUCUCUGUAGCUGCGCUGCGCUGCAGUGUAUCUACAUCAAUAUGGCAAUGCUUGUCUGGACACGAAUGCUACAUCUACAUGUAAAUGCAGAGUUGCAGGUAGAUAGCAACCCCUCUCCCCUGAGAUGCCAACUCCGACUCCUGUCCUACUGUAUGUACUGAUCUGUACAGCAAGCAAUAUUCAAUCAGCAGUCAAUUCCUAGGAUGUCGUAAGGUACUGUGGAAACAUUUUUCCUUCGAAUACUGUUAUACUAAUGAAAAAAGGGAGUGUCGAAAUGUUUGUUGUCAACUGACGAAAAUCCAGCCAGCAGGCCCGUCCUACCUGCAGACAGAAUGGAUAACAAGCUUAUGAAUCCGAAGUGCAUAUUUAUAUCGCAUAUCAUAUAUUAAUCAAUCCUGUCUUUCUGCCUGCUCCUAUUUGUAGGUCACGACAAUGAUCCUAUCUAAGUACAUAAGUCGCUAACACCAUUUCCUGCUUGUGGAAAGGUUUGGUCUUGCAGGAGAUGAGCUCGCCAGACAGUCCAUCACACUGCCGGCUUGAUUGCAUCUUCACAGGACGUGGACUUGUGGGCACAUGCUCCACGGGCAACGGUUCGGCAUCCUCCUGGCGUUCUUGUGGCUGGCAGCAGCCGCGAGAAUCUGUGUGGAGCCCUGGGCUGGGCUCGUUGCAAGAUAUGCCAGCCUCUCAUCUUCAGACUGGAGGAGGAGGGGGGGGUUCCCUCUCCAGGCUUUUUCCAUGAUGUUACAGGCUUACAGCAUUCAGAGUGCAUGUUACACUCACGGCCCUAUCAGCACAUGCUGUGGGCAGCCGGUGAUGAUAGGAUCAGAUGCUCAUAUCUCCUGCGGUUUUCUGUCUACCGCAUUUGGAUUGGAUUUGGACCCCCCCUGUACUGUACUUCCUCCUUGCUCCCCUGCUGCUUGGCGCUUUGUCCAUGUGCCUGGUUGGAAUUGCUACUAUACAUUUUUGGAGGGUAAUUGUUUCACCGGAACAUGUAGCGUGGACGUGUGGUAAUAACAAUUGAAUUGAUGCCUUUA